AUGUUCGGCUCCGAGAAAGUUGACCAGGAAGGUCAAGUCUUGUCAGGGGAAGUUCAUGAUGAUCCUGGACAUGCUCAUGAUGCUGUUUUUGGAAAGAUCAGCGAUGAUGGGCCAAACUAUCGCAAUGUUGGUUGGAUUGGGACAGCUGGUCUCAUGAUGAAGACCCAAUUGGGUCUUGGAAUCCUCUCUAUCCCUUCUGUCUUCGAUACCCUAGGAAUGAUCCCCGGUCUCAUCUGUCUCUGUGUUGUGGCAGCUAUCACGACAUGGUCGGAUUACAUAGUUGGAACCUUCAAGCUUCGGCAUCGUGAGGUAUACGGCAUCGACGAUGCAGGAGGCUUGAUGUUUGGCAGAGCGGGUCAAGAAAUCUUUGGCUUUGCUUUUGGUCUUUACUGGACAUUCGUCUGCGGAUCAGCCAUGCUGAGUGUGUCGAUCGGCUUCAAUGCUGUGUCGACCCAUGGGGCUUGCACGGCUGUUUUUGUUGAGGUGGCAGCCAUCACUGGAUUUAUGUUUGCGAGUAUUCGAACUCUAGGUAAACUAAGUUGGCUCGCUUGGUUGGGUCUAGUCUGUGUCAUCACUUCUGUCAUCAUUCUGACAGUCGCUGUGGGUAUCCAAGACCGACCAGCAGCUGCACCCAAAGAUGCCGUUUGGGUAUCAGACUAUCACCUGUUCAAGAAACCCAGCUUCACCAAUGCCAUAUCAGCUAUAUGCGCGUUGAUCUUUGCAUAUGCAGGCACGCCUGCCUUCUUCUCCAUUGCGGCUGAGAUGAGAGACCCUAGGCACUACACAAGAUCACUGAUUCUGUGUCAAACGGUCAUUAGUGCUUGCUAUAUCGCCAUUGGUUGUGUAGUGUAUUACUUCUGUGGCUCUUAUGUUGCAUCGCCUGCUCUUGGAUCAGCGGGUGUCUUGAUCAAGAGGGUCACUUAUGGAAUUGCACUUCCUGGGCUGAUUGUUACCACUAUGUUGACCUGCCAUCUGGCGAGUAAGCACGUUUUUGUUCGUGUUUUGAGAGGUUCCAGGCAUCUUGCCGCGAACACAUUCGUCCACUGGGCGUCUUGGAUAGGAUGUACCUUUGGAAUCACCGUUGUGGCUUACGUAAUUGCCAGUGGCAUCCCCGUUUUCAGCGGUCUUGUUUCUCUUAUCGGUGCGUUGCUCGCUACAUCUUUAUCCUUCCAGCCCAUGGGUUGUAUGUGGCUGGAUGACAAUUUCAAGCGCGCGAAGCAAGAUCGAUCUGCGACUUGGUAUAUCGGAGUUCUCUGGAGCUUUACAAUUAUCGUUUUGGGAACUUUCAUGACUGUGGCUGGGACUUAUGCUUCUGUGGUUGACAUUAUAGCUUCGUAUAAGGCCUCUGGAGGAUCGGCAGCUUGGUCUUGUGCCGACAACUCUGGCUCUUCAUAA